AGACACUAAGCCUCACAGACUCCUGGCUCAACGUCUGACCUUACCGAGGGGAGUCUUCAGAAGACAAGCAGCAGAUUCAGAUUGAGAGAACAGCUGAAGAGUAUAUAAGAGUAAGGGACAAAAGAAGAGAAGUGCAGAGUACAGUAGAGUGUAAUCGAGAGCGCAAUGGCGGUGACCCUGUGCCAGGUGAUGGGCUUUGUGCUGAGUGUGUUGGGGUUGGCGGGGAUAGUUGCGUCCACGGGCAUGGACCAGUGGGGCACAGAGGACCUGUUCGACAACCCCAUUACGGCCAUCUACUCCUACGCUGGGCUGUGGAGGUCCUGUGUGAGGCAAAGCUCCGGGCUCACAGAGUGCCGGCCGUACUUCACCAUCUUGGGUCUACCAGCCCUCCUUCAAGCUGUGCGAGCGUUGAUGAUCGUAGGAAUUGUUCUGGGAGCCAUCGGGUGUUUCAUUGCUAUUUUUGCGCUGAAGUGCCUGAAGAUGGGCAGCAUGGACGACAACCUGAAGGCCACCAUGACUCUGACCUCUGGGAUCAUGUUUGUUCUUGCAGGUGUGUGUGGCAUUGCAGGUGUGUCUGCCUUCGCUAACCUGGUUGUGACCAGCUUCAACUUCACCACCUACAACGAUGGGGGGUUCGGGGGGGGGUUUGGAGGAGGGCUCCUGGGUGGGGGGACUCUGACUCCGAGGUACACAUUUGGCCCCGCCCUAUUUGUGGGUUGGAUAGGUGGAGCUGUGCUGUUUGUGGGUGGGGUCAUGAUGUGCUUUGCCUGCCGGGGGAUGGUGCCAGAGAGGGACCGGUACAAUGGAAAGUCCUACAAAGCUGCCUCACACAACAACACGGUGUACAAGGCCGAGCAGAGAGGGCGGCCGGUCUACGGGGACUCCUACAAGGCACCCAGCAUGCAGGGACCCCAGUCCACACAGAGGUUUGACUACGUGUGAACACCCUGAACUCCAUGGAAAGCUUGGAAGAUCUAAGAUCAUCUUCUAAACCAAGCUAUGAUAAUUGUUUAUUAAUUGAUAUUCAUAACAAUUUGGUAAGGUUUUAAGAAAAUGUCAUACUCAAGGUUAACUGUGUAGAAGUUAAGAAGUAAAAUGUCUUUAUUAAACUAAUACUUUUCUGUACUUUCUGUUUAUCAUCUUCAUUAUUUUAUCCUGUUCUUUUAUACUAUUAAAACAUUUGUGUCUAAUUCUGCAUUCAUGAGGAACAUUGUAAUGUUUAUUUGUAAAAA